UUUACUGUUAACGUGUUUACCACAUGGUUGGGUGAAAAAUGGAAUCUGAACGAAAUUUUUGUUUAGAACCUCUUCGUUUGGUAUUACAACAGUUAAAAUCGUCUAAAAAUUGCAAAAAAUCGGAAUUAGAACUUUUAAAAUUUUGUUUAAACUCUGUUAUUAAUUCAUCGAAGUCGGAUAAGUUCAACUGUAAACAAUAUUUUGAUAUAUUAUUUGAUGUUUUUAAAUAUUCUAUUUCAAUUUUAAUUGAAAAUAAAGUGAACGAAUUCUCGUUUACACUUUAUCAACAAUUAUAUUGUGAUAUUUUACAAAUAAGUUUAUUAGAAUUACUUAAUUGUGAAUGGAAAGAAGCUUGUUAUGAAGAAUUACACAAAUUAUUAGACUUUUCACUUAAAUGUUUCAAUGUUAUGGAGAAAGAAGACACAGUUCAAGAAGAAGAAAAACUGCAGAUUAUUAAUGCUUUAAGUUACAUUUUAGAUGUCGUGAAGGCAAUUAAUGGAAAACUGUCUGGUCAAAUCCUCAUUUAUGUUCAAAGCUAUUUUAUAAAUCUUUGUAAGAGUUUACAAAUAAUUUUACAGCAUACAAAUAAUACUGUCACAGCACAUUUAAUGAUAUAUAUUUUUAAAAAGUUAUAUGUUAUGGAUAAUGAAUGCAGUAUGCUCAAAAGUACAUGGAACACUAUUUCUUCAUUUUUUGAAUAUAAAGAGAAUGAUUAUCUUCAAGAAAAGCAUACAACAACUUAUUUAAUACUUUGUUGCAUAAUGGAACAUUUUUCACCAGAAAAACCUAUGCCUUUUUUUACUAGAGAAAAGUUGUUUUGGGAUAUUGUUAAUCAUGGUCUUAAACAUUCUAAUUCUAUUUCUCGGAAAAGAGCCAUGUUUAUAUUGAAGUGGAUAUUGAAUUGGUGUGAUACUAACUGCAAACGGGGUGAAUGUAUUAAUUUAGCUAAUUUAUUUUAUUGGUAUUCAAGUGAUGAUGAUUUAAGGAUUGCAUGGGAAGAUCUAACAGUUAUUUUAGAAACUCUAGAAGAAAAACAGACUCACAUUAUCAAGCCAUUAUUACCAAAAAUUGAUAAUUUAGUUAUGAUUACAAAUGACAAAUUAUCUUCAAAUCAUUUACAUUCAUCCUGGAUUAUGGUAGUAUUUCAUCGCAUGUUUCAUCAUGAAAGUAAAUAUGUUGUAAAAUGGGCAAUAACAUAUUUCCUAAAUCUUAAUUUGGCAUCAUUUUCAUGUCUUAUGACACAAAUUGAAAAAUUUCUUCCAACAUUAUUGGAAACUUUGAAUGAUGCUUCAUUAUACAGCAGAUCUCCUUCAGAGCCUAUUGGAACUUGUUCCAGCAUUGGAUUAGCAGUUGGAGAAUUUUUUAAAACAUCAUUUUAUAUUCUUGGCAUAAAAGAUAAACAAGUUCAGUUUUUUAAUUAUUUGUUGACAUGCAUUCAUCAAUUAUCAUGGGGAGGAGUUGCAUUAUUUUACAUUAGUCAUGCACUUUGUAAAAUACCUUCAACUUCAUUGUGGAAUGAAUCAUCUGUAGAUAAAAUUAAAGAACUUAUAUUAAAUUCAUUGCGAACACAAGACUUAUUAUUGAGAGGUGCAAUUCAAACCUUUUUUAUGAAAUCUUUUUAUCAAUUAAUUGACAUGGAAAAAUUAAGUCUUGAAGAUAUUUCAAAAUUACUUAUUGUUUUGAAACGAAAUGAAUGUUUCUGUCGAGGAACUUCUCUGUGGGAUGCUACCAUAGUUUGGUUGAAAGAAUUAUUUGAUAAAAACAAGAGAAUUACAUCUGAUAUAAAUAGAUUUGUUAUUGAUAUUGUGGAUAAUUAUAUUAGCUGUAAAGAUAAAGAUGAAACUGUCGAAAUAUCAUUCCCUGGAACAUCAAAUUCUGCAGCAGUGGCCCGUAUUAUAGUUUUGUUUGCUGAUGCGUAUAAUAUAUCAAAGGAAACUAAACAUAAUAAAAUGUACGAUAAUCUUAUAUUUAAUAAACUGUUAAAGUCUAUUGUUGAUAUAUUAGCCUCUGCAAAAUCUAGGCCUUAUCUUCCUGUAAAAAAUAUUAAUUUUUGCUUGGAUCUUAUUUCAAAUCUUCUGAUUGAAACCAAAGUAAAUAACCAUAAUUCAACACAAUUUUCUAAAAAUGUAUUAAGAAGUGAUAUAAGAGAAAUUUUAAUUAAGUUAUUAAGUCCACAUAUAAAUGAAAUUUUACAUCUGAUAAGUAAAUAUAUUUUACAUCCAUUUACUCAGUUUCAAAAUAUUGAAAUAUUAAGAACUUAUAUUGCAAUAUUUGAGAUGAUUGUAGAAGAAAGAAAUUUUAUUAGUAUCUGGCCAACAAUUCAAUCAUACGUACAACAAUGCAUACAAAGAAUCUUAGAAGAGCAGAAAUCCACUGAUACAGUUAAUUUUGUUUGUUGGAAUUAUCUGGUAUGUGUUUGCAAAUCAUCCGUUUUUGCAGAAAUGCAUAAAAAUCAUAUCAAAAAAGAAAUAUUAAACAUGAUAAAAUCUUACAUUAAUAUGAAUUGUUUAAGAAAUCCAUUUAGUAAGCCAAAUAUACCAAAUGACAGAAUAUCUCAAGCAUUUUGGAGAGAGCUUACUUCAAAUGCAGAAUGUGCUAUUUGGCAAUGUAUUGAAUAUUAUUUAAGAAAUGAAAAAGACGAAAUUAUUAUUGAUUAUUUAGAAAAAAAUUCCAUGCAUUUCUUAGAAACAGGAUCUUCUAAAGCAAUUGUUUUCUUAUUUAAAUGUUUACAUCAUGUAUUGCCAAGGAUGUGCAUAAAUGAAGAAUUAUUUACUGCGGUUGUUGAAGAAAGCUGGAAAAUAUGUCUAGAAUUGAAAAAAAAUGAACUGUUCAAACAAGCAAUAGAAGCCUUUAUAUACAUGACAUAUUCUCCUAUUACAAUGAUUCUUCCUUCGUUUAAAAUGUUAGAUGUGGUAAAGUUAAUUUUAAAUAUCACAUUUUAUAAUUUAAAUACAUUUAUUAUAAACCUUUAUAUGAAUGACAUUUGGAAGUAAUUUUUAUAGUGUAUACAGUCCACAAUGAUAGGAUG